CCUUACAUGGCUAUCGAGGACUCCGUUGCUGAAGCUCAGGUAAUUACCGACACGCUAGUUUUAGAGCGUUGGGCUCUGACCGCCUACCGACUCGCUUCUUCUGCGAUUAAUCAGUCGAACGCCCAGUUGACCUUAGCUGAUAUUGAUUUAGCCGAGUCUCUUGAUUGGCUUUGUGGCCCAAUAGUUAUCUGCUGUAACAAAAAUACCUGUCACAAGGAGUUGAAAACCGCAUGGAUGGCAAUUUUCAAGCCUUUGUUGCUACUCGUUACCUAUGUUGGUUCUGGACCUCCAAUCACUAUCGUCUCACUUCUUCAGCAUAAUUAUCCACAGCAUCAUUCCCAGCAGUCUGACUGGUCUCGAUUUCUUGCUGAACUCUAUUGUCGAACCUCUGAUGGUCCUUCAGAAGCUCUGAAUAUCGGUUCAAAUCAAUUGAAUCAGCUUGAUAGUCUUAGUCAUUUUCGACCAUUGUCCGACCCUCUUCGCUCUUUCAAUGGCAUCGUUCAUUCUGCCGGAUGUGCUCUAAUGCGUUAUCCACCCAGCCUACUACCUGAUCUGCAACAUAAUAAAACUAUUAUUUCGUCUGAUAAGUCUGCCUCUGCCUUCAGAUCAAAGGAUGCUUCCGCUAGACUUCCUGGCCCUGAAGAAAUUCUGCUUUCUACGAUGGAUCUUGCUACACUAAGAGUCCUUUUAUCCGAAUCAAUCCAUCGGUUACACGAUGCUGGUAUCGCAAUUAGGCUCCCUCCAAUGGCCACUUGCAACUGCAUGCUAGCUUCUCCGGUAUCACCAACUUGUCCCGCGCGGCAGUCACAGGCACGAUCAUUGAAACCGUCUCAACCAGUGCCUGUUAUGAGGAAGAUUUUUGUUUUGGCAUCAUAA